CCCAAUUGCAUUUUGGCCAUUUUAUCUUUCUGGCAGUCGAAAUGUCUUCGUCUGUCGUAAACGACUUUUUGUCUGCUUUGUUUGAUAAUACUGCUACUUCUGAUGGCGAUGCAUCUAACUCAGAGCCUACCAAAAAUCUACCUGUUGAUUCAUCAGCUCCACUUGCAAAUGAUCCUUCGAAAGUAAAGCAAGGUGACGCUGGUAUUAAAAGGCAACGUGAGGAGGAUGAGGAACGUAAAUCUGUGACAGAACAGCCUGAUUCAAAGCGAAUGGCGGUCGGUAGUGCUUCAGAUGCUGCCAAGGCGAAGCAGCAGCAACCAAGUAGGAAAACGCCUGCGCCAAAACCACAAUACCAGCCAUUUCAACAACAGCUACUGGGUUCUACUGGUCUAAGUGAUCCGUAUGAUGCUUAUAUUGCGUCCCAAAAGCUUCUUGGAAUGAAAAAGUCUUCACCUCGAGCCAAGAACUCGUCCGCAAUCCCCUCUGACGAACGAAGCGAAAGCAGCCGUAACAAGACUGUGAAUCAGAAUAAUCAUUUGUCGCACACUCAUCCUGUGUCAAAGACUACCCUAGACAAAUAUCCUGAUGAUGCUCGCAUGUAUAUCAAAAAUUUACCUCCUACCGCAGCCUACAAUGAUAUUGCUAACCACUUUAGCAAGUAUGGGAAAAUCGCUGAAGUUGUCCUUAAAUCCGGCAAUCCAUUCGUUCAAUUUGAAACCAUCAAUGCUUGUCGAGCGGCUGUAGAGAAUGAGAAUGGAAAGCCUUUCAAAUCUGUAGAACUUGAACUUUCUCAUAAGCGACCUCACAACCAUCGAUACGAAGCACCGGAAUCUUUUAACAAUCAACGUAAUCGACGGACCGAUAAUCGAAAAGCAAAUCCUCCUGGAAAAGCAUACUCACAAAACAAUCGACCUCCUGGUCAGGGCACUUACGCGCAUUCCGAUAAACCUGGACCGCAUAAAGGUGAAUGGAACCACCGACAACCCAACGUCCAUAAUACUCGGGGCCAAGGUAACAACAAUCGUAACAACAACAACAACAACAACUACAGAGAUGAUCCGCCGUAUAGAAAUCGUCCACAUGAUGGCUUCGAUCAACAAAGACAGUUAGGUAAUCAUCGAAAUCAACACGGCGCACCAGAAGCAAAUCGACGACCAGCGGCACCUCCAUCAUCUCAACCAACACCAUACAGACAGAAUGGAUCUGUGCCUAGAGGACCUAAGGCAAGCUUUUGGCCACCUCAACGGCGAUAUGGGCAGGCAGUGCCUGUGGUGGAGCUAAUCGUGUGGGAUAAGGUUCCAGAUUCUUUUAUCACGUAUAUUGAAGGGCGCUUCAGAGCUAGUCGACUACAGCUUCAUACUACGUAUCUACAUCACAAUGAUGUUGAUAAGAAAACCUUGAUGCAGCACUUUGUCAUUGAAGGUGUUACUGCGGUCAUAAUGGUGGAUAGGAAUGAUGAGGCACAGGGAAAGCUAUAUAUGCAAGUGUUUAGAAGAUCAGGUACCACAAAUGAUUCGAAUGUUCAUUUCGAUGAGUACGCGGGUAUAUCAGUGGAUGAUGCAGUUUCUGUGGUUACUAGAGCCACUAACAAUCCUAGGUCAUCACCAUCAAAUUCAAUGAUGCUUACACAGUCCUAUUCGCAAGCAACGCCCCCUCAAGCACCUGCACCUGUUGUUCAACCAGUCUCACCAAAUGUGCAACAGCCAUAUCAGUACGGGUAUGCCGCACCACAACCUCAAGUGCCGGCAACGACCCAGCCGCCGGUUGCCCCUGCGGUUGAUUACAACACAGUAGCAGCACUUCUUGGUAUGAUGCAAAAUGUUGCACAACCCACUGUUGCAGCGAAUCCUGGUGUUAAUAAUGCAGCGUUACAGCUGUUGACAAGCCUUGUCAACAACGGUGCGACCAAUACCAACACAGCACCGCAGCCACCAAUGGUAGCUCAGCAAUACGAUCCUGACUAUUCACAAAUGAAUUAUAACCCACAGACUGCAGCAGGAUAUAAUGCAUACAGCCAACCGUCAAAUCAUCAGAUGGCGUACACAACAGCGAAACCAGCAACCGAAAAUGACAAUGCCCCCAACGACAGUCGUUCAUGGCAACACAAUAACAACCAAUACUACCCUGAAUAUCUAGAUAAAUCAUCCCCUGCAACGAAACCAGUAGCAGCUUCAUCGCAAGCCGCACCUACCACUACCAAUGUUGGUGAAAUACUGGCAAGGCUGCAAAUAUUACAGCAGCAGAGCCAACAAAAAUAAAUGAAAAGAAAGACGCAGCGAUCAAUUUGUGUCUUGAUAACCACGUGAUUGAUGACUGCU